GGAUCACUUUUGGUUAUGUCUAGUCAAUGCCUUCCUUUGCUCGAGUCGCAAAUGGUAGAUAAUGAGACAAUAUUAUAAUGGUGAUCUAGAUCUGCGUCGUUAUAUGGAGGGUCCUGUUAUGAUUGUGAAAGUCGAAGAGUGGAGAAAAACGAUGGCUUCAGAAAAGAUCAAGGUUGAAAUAACCCACAAGGAAACAAUUAAACCAUCCUCUCCAACUCCUCGCCACCUUUCAAGUACCGAUCUCUCGGUUUUCGAUCAGUUUACGCCUGAAAUUUAUGUCCCAUUACUUCUCUUCUAUCCCAGCUCCAGUGAUGAGGAGGUCAAUAAUAUUGAUCACCAUUCUUUGUUUGCUGAAAGAUCCAACCUUCUGAAAACAUCGUUGUCUGAAGCCCUCACUCGGUUCUACCCUUUUGCCGGAGAAUUCGUAUACAACGUUUCGAUCAGAUGCAAUGAUCAUGGGGCUGGAUUUCAUGAAGCCCAAGUCAACUGUUCCUUAUCGAAGAUUUUGGAGAACCCUGAUUUAGGGAUCCUAAAACUAUUUGUUCCAACUGCUGUAGAAUCCAAGCAAGCAGAGGCAGGCCAUCUUCUCCUUGUCCAGGUCAACUUAUUUAAAUGUGGUGGAAUGGCAAUUGGGGUCAGCAUUUCACAUAAGGUCGCCGAUGCCUCUACACUAAGCACAUUCAUCAAAAGCUGGACUGAAAUUGCCCUUGGCUCAGGUAUUACUACUGUUCCUGCUGUGCUUCCUGCAGAGUUUCGGGUUGCAGCUACUCUAUUCCCACCACAAGAUUUCUUUAGCUCAUCCAAACCAAUUGUGGAAUUUGCGGAAAACAAGUGUGUAACAAAGAGAUUUGUGUUUGAUGCUGCAAAGAUUGCUGCUCUCAAGUCCAAAGCUGCCAGUAUCACCCUGCCGAAUCCAACGCGUGUUGAAGUUGUGUCCGCGCUCAUUUGGAAGUGUGCCACUGAAGCAUCGAGAUCAAACUUGGGUUUUGUAAAGCCAUCUGUGUUGCUUCAAGUGUUGAACAUGAGGAAAAGAUCAGGGCAGGCAAUGACAGAAAACAUAUUGGGGAACUUUUUGUGGUACUUUACAACAACGACUAUGGAAAGUGAAUUGGAUCUUGAAAGCUUGGUUGGGAAACUCAGGAAAGGCAUUGAGGAAUAUAAGGAAAAGUAUUCUAAUGGACUUAGUAGUGAGGUUAUAUUUCAAAGCUUGAAAGAGUCCGGGAAUCUCUUGCUAAAGGAUAGUACAGAAAAUUAUACUUGUACCAGUUGGUGCAGGUUUCCCUUCUACGAAGCCAAUUUCGGGUGGGGGAAGCCUUCAUGGGUGAGUACCCAUGGCAGUGAGUUGAAGAAUAAAAUUCUGUUGAUGGACAUGAGUGACGGGGUUGGCAUAGAAGCGACAUUGACUCUCAAAGAAGAAGACAUGGCCAUAAUUGAAAGCAACAAGGAGCUGCUUGCGUAUGCUUCAGUGAAUUCAACUGUCAUUUAAUCAUUACUUUGUGUGCUUACAUUGUGUGGAUCUUUGAUUUGGAGCUCUCUCAAGAAUGCUUCGAUGCUUGUACUAUGUUUGUGAUUUCGUUUCAUUGCUGUUUGUGCUUUCAUUUCAUUGCCUCUUAUUUGUAUGUGUGGUUUUUUUUCCCGAUAAAAAAUGAUAUGUUUUCUGAA